GCGCUCCAUCAGCUUGCUGUGUGAACUGACAGACUAACAUCUCCUCAUCAGGUCCAGGUGUCUUCAGGUGUCUUCAGGGGUCGCAGAGUCGCCGGUGUUUCCCGACACGAGUCGAUUGGCUCCGAGAGCGGAGCGGAGCCCGACAUAUUCUGAAUAGCUCCCAAAUGUUGAGCCCGAGACGUGAAGUGCAGCUCUGGAGGGGGGCGAGGUUGGAAGGGAGGGAGACGACGGAGGAAGGAGAAGAAACGGGCAACAUUCACACACGUUUUCACCCUGAAAGCAUCUCAGCAUCUCCGCAGUGACAGCACAGACCGCUGCGUUGAAGACACAACAUAAUCUGCCAAGAUGGUGGCAGUCAGUGUGAUUGUGCUCGGUGUUCUGGUCACCACAGCUAUCUCUGCCCCUGUAAAAGAUUACCAGGACUCCAUGACCUUAUUCCUUGGAGAGGAUUUCCACAUCUUACUGCCCUCGCUCGGGGUGGAGGUCACGUUUCGCAACAAGUCUGGUGAUGUGGUCCUGAUGAGGGGCUCCACAGUGAUCAGCAGUCGGGCCAAAGUCAACAGCCAAAACAGCCACCUGGUUGUAGAGGCUGUUGAUGAGGGAGAUGAGGGCUUGUACACUGUGAAGAAUCCAGAGGAUCCAGACAACGUCAAGCGCAUUUUCCUUUGGGUUCGAGACUGCGUCAACGAGCUGACCUUCAAAUAUGGGGAAAACUUCCAUGUUCCAGUGUCGGGUGUAAAUCGUCCCAUCACUCUGGAGUACAGGCACAGCUCUGUGGAGGCCAACCAGACAUCCAGACCUGCUUUGGUGGUGUGGACUGCUGCGGGGACGCCCACGAAACCCUACCAGGGUCGUCUAAGCGUCAGUGAGCGUGACGUCACCCUCAGCGCUGUGACGGGUGGAGAUGAGGGGAGCUACACCGUCAGGGACAACAGGGGUGUUAUUCAAAGGAAAGUGUGUCUCAAAGUCAAAGAGCAUCAAAAAUUUGUGACCCUGCCAUAUGGUAAAAGAUUGAAGAUCAACCUGAUACUCAACAGUUCAGUAGUGACCCUCAACUACAGCCUCAACAGUGACCCCACACCCCACCAGCUGCUGAACAAGGGAGAAUUUACGAGUGACAUAGCAAAGCUGGGUCUUGAGGAGCGUUUCUCUGUGGAGGGUUCAUACGCUUUUCUGGAUCAGGUCACGGGUGCAGAUGCAGGCCAGUUCAAAAUUAUGGACUUACAAGGAUUCACUGUUUCCACCGUUCACCUGCAAGUGGAACCCUACAGGCUGGAGACGCUGUAUGUGGCGAUCAUUGCUCUGCUGGGCCUGCUGGUUUUCCUUCUGCUGGUUUGCCUGCUGUCCUGCCUGAUCAAAGUGAAGAAGAGGGCCAAGAGGUCUGCCGCCCUGGAAAAGAUCGCCCAGAACGCUGGCAAAGAGGAUGAGGGAGAGGCCUUCAGGCAGGUGGUCAAGAACAUCACAAAACUCAGUGAAGAAUCCAAGCAUUCUCAGGCUGACACUACAGAGAAAUCUCAGAGCACUGAGGUGGACAUUAAGGGACUGGAGGUCUCCUCUAAAGAGGUUGGGAUCGGGAACCUAGAGACCAGUGACUCUGGCGUUGGCUUUAACACUGCACUCCCAUUGGAUACCGACACUGAUGCCCCUGAUCAAAUCCCUGACUCCGAGGCUGCAAGCAUUUCCGUUGCUCCUGAAACCAAACCAAGCCCUUUACCUGCUGCUGAGUCCAAGCCAAGUGCUCCACCAACUAUGGAAAUCAAGCCCAGUCCAGUAGCUGAAACUAAACUCAGCCCAGUCCCCGAGGCCAAGAAAACCCCUGAUCAGCCAGUGGAAUCGAAGUUGGAUGCUCCUAAACCGGAGGAUGUUAAACUUAGCCCAGACCCGAGCCCAGAGCCCAAGGCUGGUCUGAGUCCAGCUGAUCCAAAAUCUGCACCCAGCCCAAUCCAAGAGCCUAAGCCAGCUGUUCCCAAAGUCAUCACUCCAACACCUGAGAGCACGAGCACCCUAACUCCUGCACCUGAGACCCCCAAAACAACCACACCAGAACCCAUUACCAAUGGUACGUCAGAGCCAGAACCGGAUUCCAAACCGAGCCCAGAUCAUGCUGAUAUUAUUGGAGGCUCAGCUCCAAAAGCAGUCCCUCCUAAAACCCCUGAAGUGGAGAUAAAACCUAGCGGUGCCGUACUAGAGGUCGGCAAAGACGCCCCUGUGGCUGAGGAUUCAACCACCACCACCUGAGAACUGCUCCUGCAAAAACACAAAGGAAGCCCCACAGAUCUUGUCCAUCUACCACUACUUUAGACAAUCAAACACCCCUAGCAAAUAAUGAGAAAACCACUGCAGCUGGUCUGACGUUGACUGAACAUGCCUGAACACAGUAUUACCUUGACAAUGGUAUCUCACUUGCCUGUAACUAACACAAAAACCUUUCUUUGACUUUCUUUGUGACUUUGUGAUUCAGAAACACUUUGCAUUACAAGCAUGGCUUUUGAUUGUUAAACAUUUUAGUUGUACACACCUUGCAGCCUUGAUUUUUGGUAAUUUCGUAGUAAAACUGCCAGACUGCAAAUGAAACCCUUUGCAGAGUUUACAACUAAAAUGUUCACUCCCCAUAAGGUCUUUUCUUAAAUAUCCAAAAAGUUGUCCACAUUUCAUGGAAGUAGCAGACAAUACUAGAUUUGCCUAUUUGUCCAUAACUAACCAUCGUUUCCCGUUUAGAUGUUUGUUCCUCUGUCAGCACGUGGAGGAAAUUUUCAGCUUAAGUUGACACUAGCUGAAAAUUUCAUCCACUAUACAGACGUCAUCUGAGCAGAAGUGAAAAUCCUUCUGAUCACACUCGACUGUGUGUCGUGAGGUUAAGAGUCAGACUCCCAGUGGAUAUCUCAGGUGAUUAAAAUGUGUUUGUAGACUAAUCCCUGACGUCUGGAUCAACUACUUUAUGUCUUUGAUCUGGAUUUCCUCUUGGUUCUAGAAAAAUCCCAAUGAUCUUACAAUUUAAUAAGAGGCUCAUGCCAGUAGAAAAACUUCAAGCACUUAAAAAGACCACCCAGUUCCAACUACAUGUUGGGCUUUCCAAUGAUUGAAUACUAAAAGAAAGUGUGGGGUAAUUUCAAAUAGUUAGAAUAUGUUUUCUUUGAUUGUUUAUUUAAUUGUUUUCCUUUAUCUGCUGUUUCUUUAGCCUUCUUUUUGUUUGCUGUUCAAUGGAUACUCAUCCUUCUUUCCUCCCUCUUUCUGCUUUAAUUUACUUAACAUCACUUAUAGCUACUUAAACACAUGGCCUUUUGAAAGAAAGUAGAAUAUUAGUCAUUUAUUUUUUUACUAAAACUAGAUACUUACUCUAUUAGUUUUUGUUAACAGUGACAAAGUCUUGUUCAUGUCUCCUCGACCCUGUAAAAUUUGACAAAAGCUUCAAAUGGAUAGUUGUCAUUGGCAUAAAAAUUCUCCAGUAGUAUGAGGCCUUUAUCAGCGCCAUGGCACUGUCUGCCUUGAGCUGUGUUCUUAGUGAGUUUCGAGGUGCAUGGAUGUUCAGUCAGCACAAUUCAGUCUCAGUUGAAAUAGUAUGUUUGGUACAGAGGAGGUGUGCAGAUACUUUUUCAUGUAAAAGCAAAAUGCAUGUCUCUGCCUCGUGUUAAAACUGACUGCCGGCAAACCAGUGACUGUCCAUGUCUGAUGCACUGAAAUAAUCCCCCAAAAUAAAAAUUAUGCACAAAGACACAGCCAAGAAAGUUUAAAACUUAUAAGCAGACCCAUUUACAAUCAACUCCACUGUCUACAUAGUUUUCCUGACAAAUAGAUUUCCUUCGGUGUGAAUUAAUAUGAGAUGUCGCAUCAGCAUCUUAAAAAGCCAUAAGACUAGAAAGGUUUUGAUGUCAGAUUUAAUACAAAGCUGAACACAAUAUAUAAACUUAAGAAAUAAAUAAACAGGUGCCUCGAUGUUGAAUGGAUUACCUUUAUAAUUCAGAUGUAUUACACUUGGACAAAGGCUUUCUAAUGUAAAAACUGAGGAAAACACUAUGUAUGCCUCACUUCCAACCUGAAUCUGUGAGGGAACUACAAACUCAUUUGGCAAUACUGACAAUGCUCUUUAUAAAGACAUACAUACAUGCACGCUAGGGUAAUAACUUUUUCAACUUUUUUCCAAAAUCAAAGUCCUGCAUCAUGAUUGGAUGAACUUUUUGGUAUAAUUGAAGAAACCAAACUCCAUUUUCACCACUCUUUUAAAAAAAAAGUCCCCCCAAAACAAAAACAGUAUUAAAUACACAUUACAGCCAAUGACAGGGCUUAUAAAGUGAAAGCAAGAAUAGAAACUGAUACUCCAGUAUAUUAUGAUGGCAGUACAACUUAUCAUUGAUCCAUAUCCAUAUUGACUUGUAAUGGCCCUUGUGAUAACUCAGCACGGUUUCGGAUUUCAUAUCAUUGGCUGUAAUGUGUACUUACUACUUUUUUGGGGGGGGAACUUUUUUAAAAGAGUGUUGAAAAUGGGGUUUGGUUUCUUCAAUUAUACCAAAAAGUUAAUCCGAUCAUGAUGCAGGACUUUGAUUUUGGGAAAAAAUUUUAAAAAGUUAUAACCCUAAUGCACACAUAGACCACAAACAGGCACUGCAGCCUUGUAAAUAUUGCAUGUGUACGCCAGUUUAACCCCCUUAUGGCUGAAUGUUUUUAGUGUAUAGGACCGUCGUUGCAUUGUACUUAAGAAUAGAAAACUAGUACAAUUUUGCACCAACUUCAAACACACACACACACACACACAUACACACACACACACACACACACACACACACACACAUAUAUAUAUAUAUAUAUAUAUAAACCCAGAUUAGAUGCACUAAUGUCUUGAACUAAUUUAACAACCAAAUAUUGUAAAAUUCCAUUAAGACUAUAUUAUCUCUUUUAGAUCAAUUACCUGCUAUUAUUGCCAACUUGAUGAUACUCACAGCAUACUAUAUCUCUCACCAUAUUUACAUGUUGUAUUGAAAUCAGUACCACUUAUAGCAUUAAUUGCUGCAUGCCCAUGACAUGGUCCACAAGUUGUGUUUGUGUGUGUGACCAAAGAAGUGUUUCAAUGUUCCCAUUAGUCUGUGUUUUGAAUUUGUGCGUUUUUGUCUUUACGUUUAUGAGUGUGGGUGUGUUUGCUAAAUGUACCUAUGCACAGGCAGUUUGUACAGAAUGAAUUUGGUGUAUUUUGUGUCCUUCUCCAUCUGUAGUAAGGUGUCCAUGUGCCUGCCUAAAUCGUCUUGCAAUGUAAAGAACAAAAAGUACUGCGUUUAAGUCAUGAGUGUGAAUGUGCUUAAAGCCACAAAACGUUCUCCAACAUAUGGGUAUUUUAGUGACUUGUGUCUUUGUUUUAGUGCCUAAAAUGUAUAUGGGAUAGUUCACCUGCCAUUAGGAAGUGACUAAUGACAGAUCAUCAGCCACCUCCUAAUGGCAUCUUUUUAGUAUUAGGUAGCAUAUUCACAGAUGUAUGCAGUUUGCACACCUGAAAUUAUACCACUGACUGGCCUGAGAUAUGCUAAUAUGAAAGAAAUAUGGAACGAAAUAAUGAAAGUGAUGAAUAGACUGAUUUGCAGUGAUUAUAAAUAGCAUACAGACUGCUGAGUGUGCUUGUGUUUUCUCUAAUCAAGUCUGUGGCACCGUUUGGAGCAUGUGUGUGAAUGCAUGAUAGCAGCAGAUGAAUGAAAAAGCUUUGUGUGUGUGUGUGUGUGUGUGUGUGUGUGUGUGUGUGUGUGUGUGUGUGUGUGUGUGUGUGUGUGUGUGUGUGUGUGUGUGUGUGUGUGUGUGUGUGUGUGUGUGUGUGUGUGUGUGUGUGUGUGUGUGUGUGUGUGACCCUCUGGGUUAUGUUGUUGUAAGCAACUGAUGAGAGACAGCUUACACAGCGUUCCCCUGCACCACUGCUACUGUAUAUUGUCAGUGAUUGUAAUACCAAGCAGAGUAAGUAGGGAUGUGAGAGCCGCAGGCAGUAAGUGGUGGGCGUGAUGAGCCUCUGUUUACACAUUACCACCAUCUGAAAGGAGGCUCAGUCUAGUGGGCUCAGAGUUACUACAUCUAACAAGUGCCGGAGGGAUCCUAGUUUCUUACCCACCUCUGAUAGGUAACUAAUAGACACCACUACUGGUAAUACCACUGGUACUCCUUGCACUAUGUGAGUUGUUUCUUCCCUCUCUGAUUACUGCUGCUGUACUUGGCCUGGUCGUGGCGUGAUGUCCCACAUGGUCUCUCUGUACACUCUUUUUGCACAACACUUCACACAGAUUUUUUGUAAAGACAAUUGUUUUCUUUUUCUUUGUCUAAACAGAUACUAAGAAUAAACUAAAGGUUAUGGCA